AUGUCUCUAUCAGGUAUUGAAGGUCUUCCCGUCGAAUUACUCCAGCCGAUAUUCUUCACGUCCGGUUACAAUGUUGCUCUGCUACAGGCCUCACCACGCCUUGCAGCGAGGCUUUCCAGCAACUAUGUCUACGACGCAACAUACCGUACUGUUCAAACGUCUGCACAAACCUACAUCUUCGCCAGCAAAUGGAUGACUUGGGCAUUCUUCCAAUCAUGGAUCACGAAAACGUAUGCUCUCACAGGUUGUUUGUGUGGAAGAACAGAAGGUUGCUUCGAUGCGCAAUGGCCCCCAGAUUUCGAAAAUGCAACCAGCAUGGUGUUCUCUAGAAGCCAUCUCCCACAGUUUGCCUUCAUCAAGGCGCGACUUCCUAGGAAACUUCUCUGUGGACCUUGGACACCGGAUAAAAUACAGUUCUUGCGAUUUCUGCUAUGGAUCACGAGCAUGACUGUCGACUGGAGCGACACAAAGACCUUGCAGGUUGCUGUCGAAGGACGGCGUCAAGCCAUGCGAGAGUACAAUCUUGACGCAGUUGAGCUUUUCAACCACAACCGCCGCCUGGGUAGAGGUGCUGACUUGUCCACGAUCCGAUUUGCCGUAAUGGAAUGCGGAUGCGAUCGAUCGGUUGUGUACGACACGAUAAGCAUGGCAAAUCAUUGGGGAAAAGUCCGUUCUUGGGAAUGUGCAGAGCUGGAUAGGUGGUGUGAAGAACGCAUCUCGAUGGGCGAUCCGAAAGGAUUAUGGUUACAGAUCGAGCUGAGCCUUUUGCGGUCAAAUGACUGGCCUGUUGAGCAGGAAGAAGUUGAUCCAGCGAGCAAAACUAUCACAAAAUCCUGGGAAUCCAACGAUGAGCCUCAAGAUAGGCUCAUAAAAACGCCUCACAAGUGGAAUGAACCAGUACUCCAGCGCGGAUGGCUCAUGUCGACCGCUCCGAAUUGGCUGUCAUCCAACAAGCAACACAAUAUCUACAUCGCCCCUGCUUUGGCUCGCUCCACCUACGUCCUGCUGAACCUCGAAGACCGAGAACAGAUGUAUGCGGAGAGGAAACAUUAG